CUGCAGACAAUCGAUCUCAUGAGUAAGCCUUCGAUUACUUCUGUACACACUCGAUCCAUUUUAUUGCUGUAUGUGUACAUCAUCAUCAAAAAGGCGGAUACGCAGCCACACACCAGAGCGCAGAAAAGAGUUUGGAAAGUGGGGGAGGGGGAGAUGGGGGAGAGAAAACAAAGACAGGCAGACAGACAGACAGAUGGACGAAAGGACGGACGAUGGAUGUAUGGAUGGAUGCAUGGAUUCCCUGACAUAUCACCAUAUUAG